CACACACACACACACACACACACACACACACACACACACACACACACACACACACACACACACACACACACACACACACCUUAGAAUGUCAACCUGAAGCCACACCAGUCCAUGGGACCAGAGUCAAAGUGCAUUUAGAAGGAUUAGUACAGACUACAGAGUACAGAAAUAAAAAGAUUAUGCAGACAUGCACUACAGAGAAUAUCACCUUUGUGCAAUAGGCUUAGGCUAUUAUUUGGGUUGGCGAUAUGGAUGAUGUAGUUUGAUUACUUUUGAAUAUCAUCAUCACUCUGCAAAUAAGAGAAGUUUAACAAUGUUUGCCCAGUGACGCCUCGGCAGUUUCCUGAAGACUGCAGACUAUAGAGUAGAUGAUCGCUAUAACACAUCCCUGUGUUUUUACACUGUCCAUCACCAGCACCUCUGCAGAGUCUCUUCUCCCAACAAAUAAUGGAACUAACUUUUGUCAGUGGAUUUAUGGAUGUGAUGGACACCAAGGCGGUGUUUGCGGCCGUGUAUGACGUCUGUGAGGAGAACGCCACCUUCUUCUCCUCCAACCCCAAGGGCGCCGCCGGGGGGGCGGUGCGGCAGCUGGUGGACGCCAUGACCACCAUCCAGGAGCACGCGCGCAGCCUGGAGCCCGUCGUGUCCGGCUUCGCCGCCAUCUACCACCACUUCGACUUCGACCCCCACAUCCCCGCCAACGGCUACCGCUCACUCGUCAAGUUGGUGCGCUGCUGCCUCCUCCACAUCGUGCACAAAGGCCGCUACAUCAGCACCAGCCGGCGGAGCAUCUUCUUCCGGGUGGCGCACAACGCCAGCGAGAUGGAGGCCUACAGCAACGCGCUGUGCCAGCUGCGGGCCCUGCUCUACCUGGCGCAGCGGCUGCUGCACGACAACAGCCACGGCAACCUCUUCUUCCAGGAGGAGAGCGGCCUCAGCCAGAGCUUCAUGCGCGAGUACGCCUCCAUGCACAAGGGCUGCUUCUACGGCCGAUGCCUCGGCUUUCAGUUUACCCCAGCCAUCCGGCCCUAUCUCCAGACCAUGGCCAUUGGAUUGGUGGCCUUUUCCGAGAACUACAGAAAGCAUCAGUCAGGCAUAGGAGUUGCUGCCAGUUCGUUGUUUACCUCAGGGAAAUAUGCCAUUGACCCUGAGCUACGGGGUUCCGAGUACGAGCGCAUCACACAGAACCUAGACGUGCACUUCUGGAAAUCCUUCUGGAACAUCACUGAGACGGAGAUCCUCGCGAGUCUGGCCAGCAUCACCUCGGUGCAGGUGAAGGUCAACCGCAUGCUGCUGGUGCCCCCGGUGGCCUUUGACCUCCCGCUGGCCGCCGACCCCAAGCGCUCGGUCACCAUCGCCCCGCCCACGGCCCACAUCGGCCCCGCCCCCGUCCAGAUGAGGCUCAUCUCCUGCGAGUUGCGGGAAGGACAGGAUAGCGAGGAGCUGCUGGCCAUUUCUCGAUCGGAGGGGGGUGGCAUGUCUCUGUCGCUGGGCAUGAAGACCAAACGCAGCCCCCCCUCCCCAUGGCUCCUGGUCCACUACCAUGGCGGAGGCUUCGUGGCCCAGACCUCCAAAUCUCACGAGCCCUACCUGAAGGGCUGGUCUCAGGACCUGGGUGUGCCCAUCCUGUCGGUGGACUACUCUCUGGCCCCCGAGGCCCCCUUCCCUCGGGCCCUGGAGGAGUGCUUCUUCGCCUACUGCUGGGCCCUCAAGAACAGCCACCUCCUGGGUUGGACGGGUGAGAAGGUGUGUCUGGCCGGGGACAGUGCGGGCGGGAACCUGUCCCUGACGGUGUGUAUGCGGGCGGCGUCGCAGGGCGUGCGCAUGCCCGAGGGGCUGGUGGCGGCGUACCCGGCCACGCUGCUGACGGCCUACGCCUCGCCCUCGCGCCUGCUCACCCUCAUGGACCCGCUGCUGCCCCUCAGCGUGCUGUCCCGCUGCCUCAGUGCCUACGCAGGCUCUGAGCCGUACGCAGAGAAGCAGGUGGAGAAGGUGAGCACUCUGAGUAUGGUGCGGAGAGACACGGCGCUGCUGCUGCGCGACUUCAAGCAGGGCGCCUCCAACUGGAUCCACUCCCUGCUCGACCACAACAGGACCGCCACUGACGAGGUGAGGAAGAGCGUCUCCGAGGCGACGCUGACCUCUCCUCACGCCGACCCCCCCGUGCCCCCCAACCAGUCGUCGGAGUUCGCCGUGCGCAAGGAGUCCCUGAAGAGCCACACCUGCCAGGACCUCGGCACCCACUCGACUCAACUCAACUCUACCCACAAUACACCACUGCUGUCGGAGUGCACGCCGGAGGACGUCAGCUUCUUCCUGUCCAAGCCGCUGGACCCCUCGGCGUCCAGCGCCCUCUCCUCGGUGGCCAUCCCGGCCAGCGGCGAGGACGGCAUGGGGGACACGCGCGAGUUCCCCGUGGGCUUUGAGCCGCUGCGCUCGGAGCAGCUGGCCGAGAUGCCCACCCAGAGCUCGCCCAUCGUCCGGAACCCCUACAUGUCGCCGCUGCUGGCCCCCGACAGCAUGCUCAAGGGCCUGCCGCCCGUCCACAUCGUGGCCUGUGCGCUGGACCCCAUGCUGGACGACUCGGUGAUGUUCGCCAAGCGGCUGCGUGGCGCCGACCAGCCCGUGACGCUGUGCAUCGUGGACGACCUGCCGCACGGCUUCCUGAGCCUGUCGCAGCUGUCGCGUGAGACCCGCGAGGCCACCAACGUCUGUUGCGAGCGCAUCCGCGAGGUCUUCCAGGGCAAGGACGCCGCCAUGACCCGCGCCAACAGCCACCGCAAGCUGGAGCGCGCGGCCGGAGCCGGCCCCGGGACUCAACACCACCACCACGACGGCAUCGGCGGGGCGGCCGACAACCCACACGGAGACGCUCCCGGGCUCUUUGGCGGCGGACUGAUCCCCGAGGACGCGGACGGUCGGAUGGACGAAGGGGCCAAUGCGGCGGAGAAGGAGGAGGAGGGCUUAGCCGGGCUGGUGGCGGCCAACAACCUCGGGGACACGAGGGAGAUAGGCGUAUGAGGCAGCCAAUGAGACGCCAGCUUUAUUACACUUUCCAAAGACUUACAGAGAAGAAACGAGAGACAGGGUUGUGAGAGAGAGAGAGAGAGAGAGAGAGAGAGAGAGAGAGAAAGAGGGAGGGGGCGGCAGGAGGGUUUGUAGACAAAUAGGAAAAGCUUGGUGAGGUCAGCCAAGAAGGGUGAAGAGGAUGAUGAAGAGAGCAGUAGAGAGAGAGAGGGGGGGAUACAGGAAGAUGAGUGGGCGGAUGAGUGUGAAGCACAGUGAGGAGUAGAGAGGACCACACUGGAGUUGUUCGCUCCGCUCGAAGAAAGAGAGAAAAAAACACUCCCUGCUGCUACCUACCAUUGCACUGUCACCAGCAAUCAAUCAUUCUCCUCGGAGCAGCCGGAACAUUUCCACAUGUGCACACACACACACACACACACACACACACACACACACACACACACACACACACACACACACACACACACACACACACACACACACACACACACACACACACACACACACACACACACACACACACACACAGACCCACAUCUCAUCGACACACACUCUACCUAUCGCCACUUUGCCUUUGAGCUGUAUCAUGCUGGCGGUUCAGACUGUGAACUCUUGGGAGCUGUGGAACAGAGCACUUUAGAAUGUCCUUGUAACACUCUCAAGAGCCCCACUGCAGUAACCAAUCACAUAGCUGUAGUGAUGCAUAGGAACCUCCUUCUUUGCACUAGGUGUACCCUCUAACCGCCUUAUAAAAAACCUAUUGUUUCCACUGUAGACAGAACCCCGCUUUAGUUGGUUAGAAGUUGGCGUCAUAGAUUUGACAUGAGUUGAAGACACUAUUCUGCGUUGGUUGUCUAACUGACUGUCCUGGAUAGCAACCCAGGACAAAAUAUCGACAAGACUGGACGAAAGGGUUUGCCAAUACCUGGAAUUUUUUUAUUUAAACGAUAUAGACUUAUGUAACUUUUAUUUUAUCUUGGGCUGUCCAAAGCCGCGUAAUCUUUCGUUUGAGAACGCAUCUGUUUGUUUGCGGAGAGUAGAUGUGAUAUAGCCCUCGCCGUUUUCCUUCGCCUGCGGUUCCCUUUUUGCAGAAUGUUCCUCGUUCUCCGGUGCCUCCUCAAAGCGCCUCUUUUCCCAGCUAGAAACUGCUGCAGCGUUACUGCAGUAGCAGUAAUCAGUGGAGUGUAAAGCACCGUCUGUCUUUUUAGGGUCACUGUCCACUUGGAGCCCGGUGGGUUUGCGAGCAUUAAUCUCCACCAUCGGAGGCCAUUGAUCACGGCUGCUGUUCGGUCCAGCAGGAGGCUGUCCAAAAAAGGAAAAAGGAAAAUUUAGAUUUGUGAUACUGUUGCUUUUUAGAGCUCCCUACUUCCUGGUGUCAUUUGGUGUUUUUCUUGCUCCUGUAAGACCCGUGUGGGUCCCUUGUGGGCGUGCUCCUAGCUGUGAGCUCUUAGCAGUGUGUCUGCCGUGAGGUUGCCAUGGCUGAUUCAUCACCACAUCAGUGAUGUGAGGACAGAUGACAGCAGAUGUGUGAUCGUCAACUGGAGGAGUGCUAACACACCAGCUCGCUAAAUGCACUGAUGCUAGAACUCAAAACUUCGAUUCUCUCUCCUACCCCCUACCCUUCACUUUGCCUCUCUCUCUUCUCUCUCUUUCUCUCUUCUCUCUCCUCUCUCUCUCUCUCUUUCUCUCUCUCUCUGUCUCUCUCUCUCCGUCUGACACUAUCUCGGUCUUCUGUUGGGUAACGUCAGGAGAGCUGCUGCAUAUUGACCCAUUUCUCCUCCCCGCCCCGCAGCUCCCCCAGACCAGCCCCAGUGAGGACUUAUUUUAAGAACUCGGCCUCCAGCAGCAGGCAGACGGCAUCGCGUCAUCAUCAGCGCAGCGGGCCGCUGACAGGAUGUGACCCGCUGUAGCGAUGCCUGUUGCUGCCGAGCAGACAGCAGACAGCCCAAACCAGUGGCCUGCUAGAUGGCUGGAGGCGUCGUAGCGGGUGGACAAGCGGGACUGACAACCCAGCGUCCCCGACGGCCAAGGCGCCGCUCAGUGCACUUUCAGCCACCGUAGCCCCAUUUGGGCGUCUAGGCUUGGGGUUGGGGGGGUUCGAUAUUACAGUAUGUUCUUUUAAGGGGCCCAAAAAUGGCUAGCAGUGGCCCCUGUUGAGGGCUAACUGGUGCGAACACCCAGCCCUGUUUGCUGUUGGUGCUCUCAGAUGGUGAAGUGAUAUCACACAGGUUUCUGAUGAGCCAUCGUUUAUAUAUAUAUAUUAUAUAUGCACACUGCUGUCCUUUUGGGGACGUUCGGACACCGGAUGGCAAGACGUCGACACUGACAAGAUCCUGACAGCGGAGCCUGGAGGCACAGUGUGACCCCCGUGCGGUUCCAAAUAAAUAAAUAAAUAAAACGCAAAACGCCUGACUUUACUAAAAAGCAUUUAGCGCCGGCCGCCGCUAUCAGCCCCGCACAGGGCCCGCCGUGCGUGUUGAGCGGGUCAGAGAGGGCUAGACCCAGAUACACGCUUAGAGGGGCACAUGAGCGGAAUGCAUUCAACUGCUGGAUGUUAUCGGCUCGGAUGUGUUGGGGGAUUAAAGAACUCUGAAGGGUGUGGGGGGGGGGUAUGUUUUGGGGUGUCUGUGUGUGAUUUGGGGGUGUUUAGACUUUCUCUCUCUCUUUCUGUCUCUCUCUCUGUCUCUCUCUCUCUUUCUCUCUCUCUCUCUCCCCCUCUCCCUCCCUGUGUGGAGGAAUGCAAAGUGGCUUUCAUAGAGAGAGCGGCGUUUUUCUUCUUUUUCUCCUGACUCACCUCCUCUGAGUCCCCGUCCUUACCAGGCUGUCUGCUGUUGACGCCACUUCUUUCUUUCAAAUGCUGUGCUAUUUUUCUGAUCACUCCGCACUUUCAUUCAAACUUUGACAGUGACGUGUGUGCGUGUGUGCGUGCGUGCGUGCGUGCGUGUGUGUGUGUGUGUGUGUGUGUGUGUGUGUGCUUGCGUGUGUGUGAGUCUUCUUGCCUGAGUGUCUGCGUGUAUCCCUGAAUGUUGUCCUUUCUUCAUUUUAAGUCUGCCCUUGCCUCUCGUGAAGUGAUGGCCGUUGUCAUUGUCUGUAAUUCUGUAGAGCGCAUGCUGUUGGAUGUCAGACACUAUGUAUGUGCUUAUUUAAUAGUAGAAAAGGACAUAGUACCUCUGUUUUUGGUCUACCUGUACCUCUCCUGUGCUCUUUUGGCUGGUAGUUGUAACUUAUACCACCGAUCCUCAGACCGAUGACUGACUCCAGAAACACACAUAAUACUGCACAUCCCUCUCCGUUACGUGAAGCUGCAGCCGAGGAGUCUGCUGUAGUUUUUUUGUUUUUUUAGUGCCACUCUUGUGUUUACAUAUAGUAUUCUUACCCCGUGUCAGCGCUAAGAACCAGACUGGACCUGCUGUGGUUUUUUUUAGCAUCGUUUUGAAUCAGAGUUAAUCUCUCCUUUUGCACCUAGAGUUAAGCGAUGUGACGUCGUCGAGAGUCUGUUCCACUUGUUCGUAACCACUAGUACAGCUGGUCAAAUCGAACACCCUUUGUGGGUGGCAGAGCACUUUGAUCACCUUGGGUGAUGACCUCCCUAAGCCUGUAGUCCUGAGGAAAACAUGGGUGUCACUAUACAGUACAUCCGUCCUUAGCGUCCUGUCUGUGUGGCGGUUCUGAGUCGUGUUUGCUGGAAGAAGACCGAUGGUGCAGUUAGGCCAGAGAACACUGUCAGACUGCAGAGGGCUUUGAACUUCGAGACGUUUCUCUGGCCUUGCCUGCCAAACUAGACUUCUAGACAUCAUAAAUGUCCACUGCUCUUUAAGGUGGCUACUAAUUGGCUAUUGGUCCACUCCUGAUUCAUGGCUCAGAUAUUUUGUGUCAAAUGUUUUUUUGUUUUUUUUAACAGUUUCGUAGUAUUUUUUGUUUGUUCAAUUGGUCCUUUGUCAUGGACUAUCCUGAAUGGUUUUCAGUAAUGAGGUUAGAUGUAGGCUAGAUGCAGUUCGCUUUGGGUUCUGCUUGUGUAGUGUUGUUAUGUUAUGUUACAAUGCUGGAUUUGAGUUGGGAUAAAGUUGUAAUCUCAACCACAAACAUGCAAGCCAUACCAAGAGACUGAAUGCUGUAUAAAAUAGCCUAUUUUCUUUUUAAUUAAAAAAAUAUUAUUUUAUGAGUUGAAAUAUACCACAAGUGCAACCAUGUGUACAUGAAAGAAUGUAUAUGAAUAAUGAACCAUAAAUGUCCUUUUUAGAUACUUUAUUUUUACCUUCAUAUUAUUAUAUCCCUAUCAGUUUAAUAAUUCAUGCAGUAACUAAGCAAGAAUGAUCAUGGUGUGCAACUGUGCAAACUAUAAUAAUUAUUCAAAAUGACUGUAUUUUCAGGAAAAUGUUUUUCCUUGUGUUGAUUUUUAUCUGAAUAAAUAUUCUUCAAACAAA